CAUCUCUCGCCAUCGCGUCCUCCUCCAAACCCGCCUCCACCACCAGCACUUGACUCCCUCCCCUCUUCUUCGUCUCCCCUCCUCUCGCGUGGCCCUCCUCUCGAGUACGGGCUCUCGCCUCGCCCAGUCUUCGCUGCGCGCUGCUCCCAACCGCAGCCCCCCCCCCCCCGGCUAGCUCUCUAGCGGGGCGCCGUCCGGCGGGAUGGCGUUCCACUACCCGGACCACGCGCUGGCGAUGAACGCCGCUGCGGCGGACCCUGGCUUCGCCUCCGGUGUCGGGGGCGUGGGAGGUGUGGGAGCGGGCGGGUGGGAGAGGGACAAGGCGGCCAUCGCGGCGCACCCGCUGUACGAGCGCCUCCUGGAGGCGCACGUUGCCUGCCUUCGCGUCGCCACCCCGGUCGACCAGCUCCCUCGCAUCGACGCGCAGAUCGCCGCGCGGUCCCCGCCUAUGUCGGCGGCAGCGGCGGCGGGUGGAGCGCACUCCGGCGGCGAGGAGCUCGAUCUUUUCAUGACACAUUACGUAUUGCUCCUUUGUUCAUUCAAGGAACAACUCCAGCAGCAUGUGCGUGUUCAUGCAAUGGAAGCUGUUAUGGCUUGCUGGGAGCUUGAACAAACUUUACAAAGCCUUACAGGGGCAUCUCCUGGUGAAGGCACCGGGGCCACUAUGUCUGAUGAUGAAGACAAUCAGGUGGACAGUGAGAGCAACAUGUUUGAUGGAAAUGACGGGUCAGAUGGUAUGGGCUUUGGUCCCUUAAUGCUUACUGAGGGUGAGAGAUCCUUAGUUGAGCGUGUACGGCAAGAGCUGAAGCAUGAGCUGAAGCAGGGGUACAGAGAAAAACUGGUGGAUAUUAGGGAAGAGAUAAUGCGGAAACGAAGAGCUGGGAAGCUCCCUGGAGACACAGCUUCUACAUUGAAAGCUUGGUGGCAAGCUCAUUCUAAAUGGCCAUACCCAACUGAGGAGGACAAGGCUCGCCUGGUGCAGGAAACAGGGCUACAGCUAAAGCAGAUCAAUAAUUGGUUCAUCAACCAACGUAAGCGGAAUUGGCACAGCAAUCCGGCGUCAUCCUCGUCCGACAAAAGCAAGAGAAAAAGAAGCAUUGCAGGUGAUGGCAACGCCGAGCAAUCUUGGUAGAAUGCGGCGGGAGAAGAAAUUAUACGUACAUUAUAAUUUUACUGUGAAGAAUGGCAUCAUAUUUGUUGCUCUGGAGACGACCAUUCAGACAGGCGUUUCCUGAGCCCAAUAUUCAUAGGCAAGACAUCACGCGAUGAAAUAAUCAAAUAAUGUUGCAGUUAGCCGUGUAAACUAAAUUAACUUGCUAGAAACUAGCGUUCACGUUCGGUAUUGUCUAGUGUGUAUAUGUGAUUGCUGGGCCUCGCUGUCUCUGUACAGCGCGAUAUGAUUAAAAUGUCUCUGACUAUUUGAUACUGUAUUUUGUGAAGUACGAACCGUGUAUGAAUAGAAACGUUCUGCGAGUUAUCUGUGGA